AUGGAUACGACAUUCUACGAAGACAUCCGCGGCGGCGGCAGCAGGCUGGCCGCGGGAUCGCAACACGCCCAGCCAACGACGCAACACCAACAACAGCAGCACCAUCCGCAGCAACAACAGCCACAGCUGGUGCGGAGAGACGACCUAAGUUCGCGUAAGCGUAGCAUGACCCUGGACUUGAACAGUGCGGGUCGGCCCGAACGAAAAGCUGCGCGCUUGUCGAGCCUGCUCACGUCGCCCGACCUGAACAUGCUCCAGCUGGCGUCGCCGGAGCUGGAGCGGCUCAUCAUCGCGCACAACGGACUCGUGACCACGACGCCCACGCCGACGACGCAGUACCUGUUCACGAAGACUGCCACCGAGGAGCAGGAGCAGUACGCGCGGGGUUUCGUCGACGCGUUAGCCCAACUGCACCAGACGGCCGGCGGGCCGUCCGAGACCGCACUGUCCGCGGCCGAAGCUUCCGACUCGGGCGCCUCAACCUCAAGUGACAGCUUCAUCUUACCCUCGUCGUCGGAGCACUCUCUGGGCGGCGGCGAUGGGCACGUGAAGGACGAGCCCCAGACGGUGCCCAACCUGGGCGCCACGCCGCCGCUGUCGCCCAUCGACAUGCGCGACCAGGAGAGGAUCAAGCUGGAACGUAAGAGGCUGAGGAACCGCAUCGCCGCCAGCAAGUGUCGCAAACGAAAGCUGGAGCGAAUCUCGAGGCUCGAGGACAAGGUGCACGCGCUCAAGACCGAGAACUCAGAGCUCGGCUCGGUGGUGUCGUCGCUGAGGGAUCAGGUGUGUCGGCUCAAGCAAGAAGUCAUGAUGCACGUCAAGCAGGGCUGUCAGAUCAUGAUGUCCACGGCGUACGGUGCAACGACGGCGUGAACGCGCUCGCCUCCAAAGUGACCUUAACUGUUGCUGCUGCUUUCGCCGUCGCCACUGUUUGUUGUUGUGCCAUUUGCAGACCAUCGAAAGAACUGUACCAUAGACUCAUCGUCGCUCACCUCUAUGCAACAUCACAUGUCGUCUAGUUCUUGUAUAAAGUUUUUGCGUACUUAAAUUAUGUUCUUUUAAGCUGCUCCCCCGAAGUUGGGGGGGGGGGAGUUGGCAAAAGCGGUGCCGUAUUGCUCAUUAAAUUGUUCGGUGUGGCCCCGAAAAGAAAAA